AUGCCUAUCUGUGAGUUUGAGCUGGUGAAGGACCCCGAGGUUCAGGAUUUCCGACGCUGCAUUCUGAGCGUGUGCAAGGAGGCGAUGGAGGAGCGCGAGGGGGGCGGGGCCCACAGCCAGGCGCUCUACGUGUACCCCCCAAACAUUGAGUCUACCCCUGAACUGCCCAAACACAUCUACAUUUAUCUCCCUGUCUCCCGCUCUCUCCCUCUAUCUCUCUCUCCAGGGCGUCUGAUCGUGACUAUCUGGGUGAUCGUCUCCCCCACGAAUGACAAGCAGAAAUACACGCUGAAGACGCCCCACGACUGCCUGCCGGAGCAGGUCAUCGCUGAGGCCAUCCGGAAAAAAACCCGGAGCAUGCACCUGUCCCCGGAGCAGCUGCGUCUCUGCCUGCAGGAAUACCAGGGGAAAUACAUCCUGAAGGUGUGCGGCUGUGACGAGUACAUGCUGGAGAGACACCCCCUGAGCCAGUACAAGUAUAUUCGGAGCUGCAUCACGAUUGGUCGCCUCCCUCACCUCAUGCUCGUGUCGAAGGACAGUCUUUACUGCCAGCUCCCAUCCGACACGUUUGUGAUGCCCUCAUACGGGCGCCGGGCCCCCCACCCACCGCCCGGGCCCCCAGGCUCUGCUAACGGGGGCCCCGGGGACCCCAGCAGUCACCGCUCGCUCUGGGCCUUCAACAGCCUGCUGCGCAUCCGCGUGCUGUGCGCCACUUACGUGAACGUGAACGUGCGCGACAUCGACAAGAUCUACGUGCGUACGGGGAUCUACCACGGAGGAGAGCCGCUCUGCGACAACGUGAACACACAGAGAGUACCCUGCUCGAACCCGAGCUGUCUCGCUGUCUCUAAGGAGCACUGUCCCCUGGCCUGGGGCAAUGUGAACCUGUUUGAUUACCGGGACACGCUGGUUGCUGGGAAGCUGGCUUUGAACCUGUGGCCGGUGCCUCACGGGCUGGAGGACCUGCUGAACCCCAUCGGAGCCGCUGGGGCCAACCCCAACAAGGAGACACCCUGUCUGGAGCUGGAGUUUAACUGGUUCAGUCACUCAGUCAAGUUCCCCGACCAGCAGCAGAUAGAGGAGCACGCCAACUGGAGCAUGUCCCGCGAGCUGGGCUACAACUACUGUCUCAUAGGACUGAGUACCAGGAUGGUUCGAGACUCCACCCUGGGAGACAGUGACAUGGAACAGCUUCGCAGCAUUGCCAACAGAGACCCCCUCUCUGAACUGACUGAGCAGGAGAAAGACUUUCUCUGGAGACACAGGCACUCCUGUGUGGACAUGCCGGAGACGCUGCCCAAGCUGCUGCUGUCAGUCAAGUGGAACUCGCGGGACGAGGUGUCUCAGAUGUACUGCUUGCUGCGGGACUGGCCCCUGAUGAAGCCCGAGCUGGCCCUGGAGCUUCUGGACUGUAACUUCCCCGACCCCGUCGUGCGCGACUUUGCUCUCAAGUGCCUGGUGAAGGGGCUGAACGACGACAAGCUGUCCCAGUACCUACUGCAGCUCGUCCAGUGUAUCUAUAUUAAUCCCUGUGCGUGGGACUCGGUGUCGCCCCCUGGCUGCAGGUCGGAGAUGCACAACAAGCCGGUGAGCCAGCGAUUUGGGCUGCUGCUGGAGGCAUUCUGCAGGACCUGCGGGAUGUACCUGAAACACCUAAACAGACAGGUGGAGGCCAUGGAGACCCAGAUGAAGUUCCUGGUUGAUCACAUGAGCCGCUCCGACUGCAUGGAGGCCCUGCAGGGUUUCGUGUGCCCCCUGAACCCUGUGCACCAGCUAGGCAACCUCAGGCUGGAGGAGUGCAGGAUCAUGUCCUCUGCGAAGCGGCCUCUCUGGCUGAACUGGGAGAAUCCAGACAUCAUGAGUGAGCUGCUCUUCACAAACAAUGAGAUCAUCUUCAGGGAUGUUCCAGACCUCAGACAGGACAUGCUGACCUUGCAGAUCAUCAAAAUCAUGGAGAAUAUCUGGCAGAACCAAGGCCUGGACCUCAGGAUGCUCCCCUAUGGCUGCCUGUCUAUAGGGGACUGUGUGGGGCUGAUCGAGGUGGUGAAGAACUCUCACACCAUCAUGCAGAUCCAGUGCAAGGGGGGCCUGAAGGGGGCACUGCAGUUCAACAGCAACGCGCUGCACCACUGGCUGAAGGACAAGAACCGCGGGGAGGGCUAUGACUGUGCGAUUGAUCUCUUCACUCGCUCUUGUGCUGGAUACUGCGUGGCGACUUUCAUCCUGGGCAUCGGAGACAGACACAACAGCAACAUCAUGGUGAAGGAGAAUGGGCAGCUGUUCCAUAUCGACUUCGGUCACUUCCUGGAUCACAAGAAGAAGAAAUUCGGGUACAAGCGGGAGCGUGUCCCCUUCGUCCUGACACAGGACUUCCUCCUCGUCAUCAGCAAGGGGGUCCCAGAGUGCACCAAGACCAAGGAGUUCGAGAGGUUUCAGGAGAUGUGCUACCAGGCUUACCUGUCGAUCCGGCAGCACGCCAACCUCUUCAUCAACCUCUUCUCCUUGCUGCUGGGCUGUGGGAUGCCCGAGCUGCAGUCGUUCGAUGACAUCGCCUACCUGCGCAAGACCCUGGCCCUCGACAAGAGCGAGCCCGAGGCCCUGGAGUACUUCACCAAGCAGAUGAACGACGCGCACCACGGCGGCUGGACCACCAAGAUGGACUGGAUCUUCCACACCAUCCGCCACAUGCCUCUGUCCGAGAGCGGCCACGACUGAGAGAGAGACGGGGGGCUAGCUGCCAAGAGAGAUCCACCCCUGUACUGCACUGAGACUCCUUCUCAACCAGAGCAAAUAUAACCGGGCAGCGAGAGCAGUGACUGAGAACAACACAGAAAUACGGGGGAGUAAAUCGGACUCCCGCUGCACAGCAGUGUGAUCCAGCCCUGGUUUCAAUAGGAGUUUAAUAAUAAGACACACCUGAGCUUGUUC